AAAGCUCAGUGAGAAUGGAGACUGUAGAAGCCCAUCUUCAUCGACACUACCGAGAUCAACCAUUAAACUCACACGCAUGCGUUCAAAGGCAAGGGUUCAUGUUUUCAGCUCGGACGCAUGCUGAGGCUGAAACGUGUGUAUUGUUGUGUAUCUAAUCUUCUCAUCUCCUUCAGCAAACCUCUAUGUGUUCUAUUCUUUCCAGGUGACCAACGAAAGGACAGUGAAGUUCUUCACAGACAUUCGAGAUCUCGUGUUUGGUCUCAGUGAUGAAGAAUGGGACGGCGUAAAGAAAGACAUUUCAUUCCAGUACACAAAGCUGGAGUUGGUGAUUCUGUGCUCGUCCAUCGUGAAGUUCGUGUCGACUCAGGUCGUCUGGUGCAUCCUGCCGAUGCUCAUCGACUUCGUGGGAAUACAGCAGGCUCUCCAUCACCCGAAGACCUGUGCGACUCCAUCUGCAGCGUGAUCGAAGGAAUCGUAAGCCACAGCAAAGAAGCGAUGAAACAGACCAUGCUAAAGUUCAGCUCCGUGAGAGCUCCAGCUAACCAUUUGGAGAUGAAAGAUCUUUUGGGGGAAAGUACCGAUUCCCUGAUCCGUGUUCUUACAGCUUCAUCCACACGCACCAUCGUCAAGGAAUUAAUACGAAUUUGCUGUCCGGAGGUUUUCCACACACUUCCAAUGGAUAUGACAAGUGCAUCGUGUUAUAAAGUGAUAUGCAGCAUCGUGAGUACAAUUCAGCACUUCUCCGAGGAAGACAGCAACGAGGAGAAGAACACAGGCUCGGAAAGGAGCAGGAGGACUGCGGCCUUGUAUAGGUGCAAGAAGAACGCGGUCUCGGAUGAGAACAGAAAGAGGAUUUUCAGCGAGGAGACGAUCAACAUGGCAGUGCAAGCUGUUUACAAAAUCCUCACUGAAGCAGGCCAAAUAAUUGCUUCUGCAGGAUCACCACCCUCCAACAAUUCCUUCAGCGUUGGCUCCAUAGACGAGAUGACAAAAACGGUAUCGUCUGUCAGCGUGUGGACGUCGGCGAGCUUAAUUGCGCGCACGUUUUUAAGAAGUCUAGAAAAAGAUCCACCGUUUACCCCCCCACCUUAUAUCGCGCCGAAUUCCCUCUUGGCGAGGAAGCAUUUUCCGAUCGCCAUGAGAGACUUUAUAUUCGUCCAGAAGGAGGUGUGCAUGCUCCUCUGUAGCAUCGAAAUGGAAACGUUGGCAGAAGAAGCACCUCGUACAAAAUCGUCACGACUCAAUACGCGUAAGACAGCGGUCAGCGUCGCUCCCAAGCCAGGAAGCGGCGAUGCUUCCUCAGCACAGCGUUCCUCAGAGCAUCCAGGUGUGAUGAACGUCAUAAAACUCUGUGAAUGCCUGAGCUCUGUAUGCGACAAGGAACAGCUCAGACUCGACACGUGCACGGCCGAAGUGAUCCAGCUCAUUCUGACCGUUUACAGCUGGCAAGUCCAGAGUCUGACGUCCGAGAAAUUCCAGGCCACGUGCACUCAAUUUAUAUGCAAACUCCUGGUGAGAAAAGUGCAGUUGCUCCGUGCUGGGAAAAAAAUCAAGAAAUUUACUUUGUGCUCUUCAGACGCGCCGCUCAAAAGACUCUCACAGGACCUGAUUAAAUAUUUGGAUUGCGCAGCGUCGGAAAUUACAAAAUCCUUUUCCAGAGACCUUGAGGAGUGUUUAAUAACUCGGUGGAAGCGGCGGAGCGAAACAGAAUCGGCAAAAGUGACAAGCAAAAGCGCUUUUGAUUACUCAGACCUGUUCGAUCCUUUCCGACUUUUUGCGGACAUGAGAAAAAAGAUCAAAAACGUUUUCUCCACAAUUGACGAAGCGGAGAAGUUAGGCUCCGUCGCAAACUUUGACUCCUUCACUGAAAACUUGAUCAGAAAAGAUGGGACCUUUGAGAAAAAUAACAGUUACGAAAGUUUUUCUCUAGGAUUCGCUCAAAUUCAGUGUCGAAACGAGCACUCAGUUAUAAACAAGCUGAAGACCAUGUUAUCUCGGAAAUCCAUCACGCAGCAGCAUCCUGAGCACGAUAUCAAAAACACCAUCCUCGCUAUUCUGAGCAACCCGACCGCGUCGUCAGAAAUCAAGAGCAGGAUCUCCGAGUCGGUUUCGAUGGCGGCGUGUUCACGUGAUGGGAAUCCUGCUAUUUCCAAGCUACUCCACAUCUUCGUUCCGGAGUUCAUCAAACAUACCGUUUCUCUUUUAUCCAGCGCUGACAUUCUACAGAUGGUUGUUCAGACUGAUGCUGAAAAAGACAUUGACAAGGCGAUCGGAGAACUGACGAACAGUCUCGCACAUUUCGUGGAUCCCACCAACAAUUCAGUCAUAAGCACCCAACAGUGUGGACCUGAUGAAGAGGUCUCCAGCACCACUAUUCCAAACCCAGAGGAGAACAACAAGAAAAAAAGGAGGAUACGCUUCACUUUUAGGAGAAAAGCUUCCCGGAGCAGCGAUUCUCAAGAGGGUAAAAAAUCAGAAAAAAGGAGUGACCUACCUGGUCAUCAUGAAACCCACCACGAGGAUGAACUCUGGUGCGAUACUUCCAUACGAGAGACAUUUGGAGGUUUUCUGCGGCGGAAGUUUACAUCGUUCUCCAGCACCAUGAGAAAGGAGUUAUGUGGCAGAAUGCGAGACGCCACCUCCUGAGCGCCGCAUGACUUCUCUUCGCACUACAUGUUGACUAUAAGACGCUUUCAGAAAAUACCGUAUUUUUCGGACUAUAAGCUGCUACAUUUUUUUCCCACGUUUUGAACCCCG